AUGUCCUCAACCAACAACAUCGCCUUCACCGCCCCUAUCAAUCCACCAGGCACAACACCUGUACUCACCCUUGAACAAGUCUGGAAAGGCCUCCUCCUCAAGAUUCGCUCCGCGGAGACAUUUGUUCCAGGAGCAAUCCAGUCCACCAAGGUCAUCAGUGACUCUGUCGACCCAUUGACCGGGUACCCCGUCACCGUUCGCGACGUCCUCUUCCGCGAAACCCAGAAAACAGUACAAGAGACCGUUACAGCUUUCGAGCCAACCCGGGUAGACUUCGAGCAGCUGGGUGGGAGCAAAAUCAGCAAUGUGAUCAGUCAAGGAGCUGGCAGGGAGCUCUACAUGACAUAUAUCUUCGAAUGGAGACACCAUGGUAUUUCGAAGGAGGAGCUGGCGGUGCUGUUCGACAAGGAGAACAAGAUGAGCCAGAUGGCGGUUGAGGGGACAAUUAAAGUGUUGAGGCAACUGGUUGAGGAGGAGAAACUUUGA